CUGCUCUUGACACGGAACUCUAGUUUUAGAUUUCCCAAUCAACCUAUCCUACUUGAAGAGCUUGCCAGGCGUUCCUCAUUCCGAGCACAUUCCUGCCAGGUCGCCCCCAGGAGGAGGGAAGAAAGCCCCUUCGCACUUCAGUCGCACUGGUUUGGAAGCGUCCGUAACAGCAACAUGUCCAGAAGAUUUGGAACAUCAAGGGCCCCUCCCCCAGCGCCCCCUGCAGUUUCAUCGCCCUUUGAAAGCAAGCACGAGGAGCCUGAAAAAAAGAAGAAAGAGGAAUACGUUGUAGGCGAUAACGAACUUAAAGGCAUCAACGCUGUAUUCAACAUCUACGACGCGUGCGGGGCGGGUACGAUUGACUGCUGUCAGGUACCUGACGCUCUUAGAGCCCUCGGACUCAACCCUACCAUCGGGCUCGUCGAGAAAAUCGCUGGAGCAAUUAAGCCUGGGGAGAAGCAGUUCACUGUGGAAGAGUUCGUUCCGAUCUAUGGCAAGUGCAAGAUAGACAAAGAUAAUGGAGUUUACGAGGACUUCAUCGAGUGUCUGAAGCUAUACGACAAGGCAGAGAACGGCUACAUGCCUCUCGCAGAGCUCACGUAUGCUCUCAGCUCUCUAGGUGAAAAACUGUCAGAGGAAGAGUUGGACACUGUUUUGAAUGACUGUAUGGAUCCUGAAGACGACGAGGGUAAUAUUCCUUAUAUCCCAUUCUUGGCGAGAAUGUGUGAAAAGCCAGUUCCAAAGGACGUCAAACCUCUUUAGACAAACAAAAAUCUCGUGAAAAGCUGUCAUGUAUUUGUAAAACAAAUUUUGAAAGCUAAUAAAAAAUAAAUAACAUACAAAUGUAA